AUGACAGAACAAGAAUUAAAGCAACAAAUCACCCAAUUAAAAAGACAAGUAUAUAUUUUAAGUUCUAAAUUUAGACAAUGUGAGAAGCAUGAUGAGGAUAAGGAGUAUACUCAAAGAUAUUUAGAAAAUAAAAUACACGAAGGAACAAGCAUUCCCGAAAGGCAAUUAUCGCAAAAAGAAGCCAAGGAAGAAACCACUCCUCGCAACCUCUACCAAAAACUCCAACUAAUCCAAAGUCAAAUAGGUCAGUUAGAAAAAACCCGAGAAAAUAAAUUCCAAAAAUACUUCUAUGCAGAAACUCCUCUCGUUCGUGAAAGACUAGAAAAAGAAUGA